AACUACCUCACGUUUUAUCAUAGUCGGCCAGCAGUAAUCCGGCAGUUCUGCUGAUAAUGCGAGGUGCUUUAAUGCCUUCAACCUUAUUUACUGUUAAUAGAACUACUUGUACUGAAUUAUGGGGGCGUAAUGGUUGACAGAUCUAUUGUAUGUUUGUAUUACAUAGAAAAAGAUGCUGAACGUGUUUAAAGCUAGAUGUGUUGAAAACCGGAAUAUACACACGAGCUGUCUUCGUCAAAAAACAUACGUUUAAAAUUUGAGCUUUUUAAGAGGACCAUGGCCAACGAAAAUGCCAUCCUUGGAACUGAAAUAACCUUAUCAGAUGGGAUAGAGAAAGAGGAGUUAAAAGACAUAAAUAUAAAGAAUGCUUCACUUGAAGUGAAACGUUCAGAAAGUCCUGUAGUUACAGAAGAAACUACCUUCCUAAAUGAAAGCGACCAGGGCAGUUCAAAGGGCUGUCGUCGGCUUAAGGACGCAUGCCCCCCCAAAGGCAUCUUGGCCAACAUAAUAACCAAAGUUACCAUGGCAGCGCUUCUGUUUGGAGUAGUGUGGUCAAUCACAGCCAAAGAGUGUGAGCCUGGAGGGAACCUUUUUUCAAUUUUGUUGCUGUUGCUGUGUGCUGUAGUAGGAGGAAAACUUGUUGGGCUCAUUAAAUUUCCAACUUUACCUCCAUUACCUUCACUUUUAGGAAUGUUGCUAUCUGGAUUUAUUCUUCGCAAUGUUCCUUAUGUCUCUGACGUAUUUGUAAUUCAACAUAAGUGGUCUGGAUCUCUACGGAACAUAGCACUGGCAAUUAUUUUGGUCAGAGCCGGACUAGGACUCGAUGCAAAGGCCCUUCGAAAACUUAAGUUAGUUUGCCUGCGACUUGCGUGUGGCCCAUGUACAAUAGAAGCUUGUUCUGUUGCUGUUAUCAGUCACUUCCUGAUGGGAUUGCCAUGGAUUUGGGGCUUCAUCUUGGGAUUUGUUUUAGGGGCAGUGUCUCCUGCUGUUGUAGUCCCCUCCAUGCUACUUCUGCAGAAAGUGGGCUACGGCGUUGAGCAAGGAAUACCCACACUCUUAAUGGCUGCUGGAAGCUUUGAUGACAUCCUGGCCAUCACUGGUUUCAACGUAUUUCUGGGGAUGGCUUUCUCAACAGGUUCCACUUUGUACAGUGUCUUCCGAGGGGUUAUAGAAGUAGUUGGUGGGAUGGUUGCGGGAAUGGCUUUGGGAUUUUUCAUUCGUUAUUUUCCAAGCAAGGACCAGGAAAGCCUGGUUAUGAAGCGUGCAUACCUGUUGCUGGGACUAUCAGUGUUUGCAGUGUUUGGCAGUGCCGCUGCUGGGUUCUCAGGAUCUGGAGGGCUCUGUACUCUUGUGUUGGCUUUUCUGGCUGGAAUUGGAUGGGGAAGUUCAAAGGGUGCUGUGGAAGAUAUUGUUGGAGUUGCCUGGGACAUCUUCCAGCCUCUCCUGUUUGGUCUGAUUGGAGCAGAAAUAUCUGUUACUUCACUGAAUCCAAGUACAGUGGGGCUUGGUGUCGCCACUCUCUCCAUUGCUCUUGUUGUAAGAAUUGCCUUCUCUUUCGUCAUGGUAUUGUUUGCUGGGUUAAACUUCAAAGAAAAACUGUUUGUUUCCCUGGCCUGGGUUCCAAAAGCAACGGUUCAGGCUGCCAUAGGCUCGGUUGCUCUGGAUACAGCAAGAGAAAAACAGAACGUUCUGCUGGAAAAAUACGGAAUGGAUGUCGUCACUGUGGCGUUUUUGGCCAUUCUUAUCACAGCUCCAAUGGGGGCCUUGCUCAUUGGCCUGGCUGGACCAAGGCUGCUGCGGAAGCCUAACCCUGAUGAACUAGAGAGUGGAGAAACGGGCAUACCAAAAGGGGAACAGCCCACUGACAACCAUAAAGGACGGUCCUUUGGAGAUGAAAGUACAAUCUGAGUCUGAAAGUUUGUAUUCAAAGGUAAAGUAAGAAGUAGCUUUCACUGUGUAUUGAAGGAGAUGAAUGGCUGUACACACUGCAAGAUAAAGAAAUGUCAUUACUUGCACACCAGUGAACUUUCUUUUUUUUUUUUUUUGGUUUCAAUUUGUUAUAUUUUCACAUUAUUUAAAGACAGUGUCCUAGUGCUUCCAAUGUAAGAUUUCAAUGCUACUAGACCAGCUUUGUUACUUAAGAGAGUAAAGGAUUAUUCAGUUAAUGUGAUCUGGUGCCCAAAUUAAUACAACCAGGAAAACUCUAACAUUUUCUUUUUAAAUAAAAGGUACGAUUUUUGACAAUUCGACAAACAUAACAACUUAAAA